AUGGACGUGUGGGGCCCAGCCCGCGUCCGUGGCCAGGGUCAGGAGAGGUACUUCCUGAUUGUUGUUGACGACUUCUCGCGCUACACCACGGUCUUCCCCUUGCGCACCAAGGGUGACGUCCCUGAUGUCUUGAUCCCUUGGAUCCGCAGAUCUCGUCUCCAGCUCAGUGAGCGUUUCCACUCCGACUUCCCUGUCCUGCGUCUGCACUCUGACAAAGGUGGUGAGUUUUCCUCUGGCCUCUUGGAGGCCUUCUGUCAGCAGGAGGGCAUUGAGCAGUCGUUCACGCUUCCGGCCUCUCCACAGCAGAAUGGGGUUGCUGAGCGCCUCAUUGGCUUGGUUAUGGAGCUCAACCUCUGGCCCCGUCUCUCCUUGCCGGAGACUUCUCCGACACUGCGUUGGACGGGAGAGGCUGGCGAUGCGUCGCGUUUUCGGGUCUGGGGAUCCCGAGCUUUUGUCCGCGACACGUCCGCGGACAAGCUCUCCCGUCGCGCUGUCCCCUGCGUCUUCCUUGGCUUUGUCCCGGACGCCCCUGGUUGGCAGUUCUACCACCCCACCUCGCGGCGUGUCCUGGCCUCUCAGGACGUCACUUUUGACGAGUCCGUCCCCUACUACCGCCUCUUCCCCUACCGCACUGCCCCGCUCCCCCCCCCGCCUCUCUUCCUCGCUCCAGGUGCUGAGGUACCAGACCCCCUCCCCCCUCAGGGUGCCGCUCCCUCAGGUGUGUCCCAGGUAGACCCGGGUGAGCCUGUCGAGGUAGCUGUUGACUCUCGUCCUGCGUCUAGGGGUGCUGAGCCUGGGGGUGCUGAGUCUGGGGGUGCUGAGCCUGGGGGUGCUGAGCCUGGGGGUGCUGCGUCUGGGGGUGCUGAGCCUGGGGGUGCUGCGUCUGGGGGUGCUGAGCCUGGGAGUGCUGAGUCUGGGGGUGCGGAGCCUGGGGGUGCUGAGCCAGGAGGUGCGGAGCCUGGAGGUGCGGAGCCUGGAGGUGCUGAGCCUGGGGGUGCUGGGUCUGGGGGUGCUGCGUCUGGGGGUGCUGAGCCUGAGCGUGCUACACCUGGAGGAGCCCUCUCCUCCCAGCAGCUGCAGGAGAGGUACCUCGAUCUUCGGAGUGGUGCUCCUGGUGCUGCGGACCCUGGGGGUGGCGCUGCUGCUGGUGCUGAGGACCCGGACGUGGGAGCUGCUGCUGGUGCUGCGGACCCGCCUGGUGGAGCUGCUGCUGGUGCUGAGGACCUGGACGGUGGAGCUGCUGCUGGUACUGAGGACUCGGACGGUGGAGCUGCUGCUGGAGCUGAGGACCCGAGCGGUGGCGCUGCUGCUGCUGCUGAGGACCCGGGCGUUGGAGCUACUACUGGUGCUGAGGACCCGGCCGGUGGAGCUGCUGCUGGUGCUGUGGACCCGGCCGCUGGAGUCUCCUCUGCUUCUGGAGACGCUGCGCGGCCGCGACCGUACUUCGUACCGCUCCUUCAGCAGGUUCUUGGGCAGGCUCCUCCUCCUUGUCCUCCUCCCUCCGUAGAGUGUCCUCCGCCUGUCCAGCCGCAGUCACAGUUACCGCCUACCUCGCCUCUCCCUGCUCCCUCUCCUUACACUGGUCCCACAGGAGGUCUUACAGAGCGUCGUGAGCCUGAGUCUCGUCCUGCGUCGCCUGUUCGUCCUGCUCGCACUGGUAGUCGUGUCCAUCGUGAGCGUCCUCCUCCUGUCCCAGGCACUCAUUACAUGACUCUGCUCCUCUCUACUGCUCCUCAGCGUGUCCCUCUACCGUCUCCUCCUGCGUCCUCUUUGCCUCACGUUCCGGACCCUGAGUCUGACCGGUACCGUGCUGAGCACCCUACUGUCACUCACUACGCUGCUAGCCUUGUUGCUGAGUCUGAGUCUGAGUCUGUCUGUCCUCCGUCCGUCGGGGGUGAGUGUGCUCUUGGCACGGACGUCCUUGAGGACAGACAGGAGGAGUUCCAGUGUCUUGCUGCUGCUUUGCCCCGUCUCGUGUCCUUGCUAGUUGCCCCUGAGGGAGACCCGGAUGCACCAGACAUCCCGACCCCGCGCACUUACGCUGAGGCGAUGGCGGGUCCCUACUCCUCUCAGUGGCAGACAGCCAUGGACGCCGAGAUGGCUUCCUGGAAGUCCACACGCACCUACGUCGACGAGGUUCCCCCUCCUGGGGCGAACAUCGUCAGUGGCAUGUGGAUUUUCAGGGUGAAGCGGCCGCCGGGUUCUCCGCCUGUCUUCAAGGCGCGUUACGUGGCUCGAGGCUUCAGUCAGCGAGAGGGAGUUGACUUCUUCCAGACCUUCUCCCCCACCCCGAAGAUGACUACUCUUCGGAUGCUGCUGCACAUAGCCGCUCAGCGCGACUACGAGCUUCACUCACUUGACUUCAGCACUGCUUUCUUGCAGGGCAACCUGCACGAGGAGAUCUGGCUGCGCCGCCCACCUGGCUUCACUGGGUCGUUUCCUCCUGGUACCCAGUGGAGGCUUCAGCGGCCGGUCUACGGUCUCCGCCAGGCUCCGCGUGAGUGGCACGACACACUGAGGACUACACUUGCGGCUCUUGGGUUCGCGCCUUCUACAGCUGACCCGUCGCUGUUCCUGCGCACCGACACUUCGCUGCCGCCGUUCUACAUCCUCGUGUACGUCGACGACUUGGUCUUUGCCACUGCUGACACUGCAGGACUCGCCUACGUGAAGUCGGAGCUGCAGAGGAGACACACGUGCACAGACCUGGUCACACAUGGUGCGGCAGGUCCUUCAGCGCUUCCGCUUCACGUACUCCUCGCCUCAGUCCACUCCUCUGCCUACCGGUCACUCGCUCUCAGCUCUGCCUUCGGAUGA